AUGGCGCUGACGGAGACCAUGGGACACGUGGGACUUCGUGACGUUUGCCCGAGAAUGCCGGGACGACGACCUGAGCCGGGAGAGGAUUUCGAGGAUUUGCUCUUGCCCAGCCGGGUUGAGAGUUCACCCGAGCGGAGAGUACCUGGCAUCGCUAGCCCGGUCUACUCGCGCGGCUAUGAGACCGAGACGGGUGACGGCAUGCGGAGGGCCUCUUCCGAGACGUUCAUCUCCUCGCUCAGCUCGCCUGGGUCACCGAAUAGGUUCGAGCAGGGGGCGGCCGCAAAGUUGCACUUGAGCAUGCACUCAGACCGCUUCGGCCGCUGUCGUGAGAAGGAGGUGCCGGACUCCCCCUCCGCACAGGCCCUCGCGGCAAUGGUGGAGCGCCUCCACGACGAGGAGCUCAGGAAGCGAGAGGAGCGCAAAGCUGCGCGGACCUUUGAGAGAGAGCAGGAGUUCUGUCGGCAAGCACCAUUUGCCCCGACCUUGUCCAGAGCCAGUCGAUGCAGCUCGGAACCAAGAGAGCGGCAUCUGGUCCUCUACGACCAUCGCUUGGAGAUGGCCCAGCGUCGGCGUCAGCGGCAGGAGCAGAAGCUCCGCGAGGAGCGAGACUACCGCGAGGCAAACAGUGUGCAUCGGGCCAGAUCUCCUCAGGUCAACCCGACGGUUUACCAACGAUUGCAUGAGGAUGCAGAGUUGAAGAGAAGGCAGCGACGGAAUGAUACGGAGGAUCCUCCUGCGCGGGGCAUCACGAGUGACAGGCAGCUGAAACUGUACGAGCAAGCCGUGGAGGCAGCCGAGAAGAGGCGUGUCAUGCAGCAAGAGAAGCUCGAGCAGGAGCAGAGGUACCUGGAAUCGCAUAGCGUCCAUCGUGCCAGAUCUCCUCAGGCAGACAUUGGGGUCAUCUCUCAGCGCCUGUACGAGGACGCAAAGCUGAAGAAGUUGCGACGACGGGAGCUUCAGCGAGAGCAGGAACUCAAGGAAGUGUCAGAUUUGGCCGGCACUCGCAAGAAGCCUUCGCGAAAGGACGAGGCAGCGCUCGUGGAGCGGCUCUUCCGCCCGGAGCGGCGCCAGCGCCAGGCGCACCUCCGCGAGGACGAGGAAGAGUGGCUGCAGCAACGGAGGAGGUUCUCCCUGCCACAGCGGGCAGUGUCCUUUCAAGGACGCUUCCACUCGCCUCCCAGCACACCUUCAGAGACACCGAAGGCUAGCUCGGAGGUCGCACCGCCGGCAAGUCCCAGUUCGUCGCCCACCACGCAACCUGUGGGGCCUCUUUGGGGAGCUUUGCGGGAUCCUCCAGGAGGUUUGGAGGACGAGGGCUUUGGCAUCAUCCUCGAGGGCCAGGUUAAUGAGGCAGCUGCCGUCGCUGCAGAACAUCCCUCCGCCUCCGCAAACGUGGAGAAGGAAAGCAGCCAUUCCAGCCAGCCUGCUUCGGCGUCAAGUGCCGUCGCUCUUGAGCCUCAGGAGCUUCCCCAAACGGGGCCUCCGGCCUCCGCCUCCGAGAAGCGGCGCUUGUCACUUGAGCUGGAGGAGUGCUUCUGA